CCCUAUAUAAUCUUCCCCCAUAUUCCUUCUCCUCGCAUCUCGCGUAUAGCUAGUUGAAGAUCACAGUCUCACACAAUCAUACCCGACUAUACAAUCCUAAUUUCCGGAUUUGCCCUUUCUGUUUCUCCGAUUUCCCUUGUUCGUUUCGCCAUGGCUGGAACCCUAAAUUUUUCGCUCCCCGCUGUCAGUCCUGUCCGUUCCUCCUCUUCCAACGGCGCGGCUACUUCCUCCGUCAGGUUUCUUCCUCAUCAAUGUAGGGCUUCGAUGCGGUCUUUUGCGACUGAGGCCGGAUCUGCGGCUGUCGCAUCUCGGCGGCCGGCGAGUCUCUACGAGGUGCUUCGAGUCAGUCAGAACGCUUCUCCGAGGGAGAUCAAAUCGGCUUACCGGAGUUUGGCUAAGAUCUACCAUCCUGAUUCGGUGCUGCAUCGAUCGGAGUAUGACGAUGACCAGGACUUCAUCGAGAUUCACAACGCCUACGCCACUCUCUCCGAUCCCUCGGCGAGAGCGAUCUACGAUCUUUCUUUGAUGGCUGUUCAUGGGAGGAGGCGGCCGGUAUCGUCGUCGGCGGUUCAGAAUGCCUCUUCUGGGUUUUAUACGACCCGCAGAUGGGAGACGGAUCAGUGCUGGUAGAGAUUGCCGUUUCUCCUUUAGGAAAUUUGUAAGGCCGAGGAAAAGAAAAGAGCGUUAUAGAUUAGGGGAAAACUGCAUUCUGCAAAACACAAAAUUUUCAAUAGUGUUUUGCGGAUUAUGCGAAAGAAAAAAAAACAAUGUAGGAGACUCUGUAAAUUCUACCUCUUAUAUAUAUUGAAGAAAUAUGGAUAUACGAUGUUGUUCAGUGUUAUUUUUCUCGACUUCUUUGUCAUCUAAAUUUGUCUGUAUAAUCUGAUUCCAAGCUGAGGUUUCGUUCCAUGAUUCUAUCCGAUCUCUGGACAGUGCUCGCAAUUUAAAACAU